AGCAACACAUCGAUUUUCAGUCAUUGAAGUCAUUCAGGCCGAAAUGGGGCUGCUGUCAAUUCGAUUAAAACCCAAUUUUUUGGGUUUAUUGCGAUCUUUGAACAGUAUAAACUGGUUUAUUGUGUUUUUUAGCUUAAUUAACCUAUCCGAAUGUAUUUACGAGGAUCAAAUCGGCAAAUUUGACUGGCGUCAAACCUAUGUCGGGAGGAUUAAGUUUUCGCAAUUCGACACAGUUUCUACAGCGAAGAAAAUAAUUGUUGCUACGGAAGAGAAUGUACUGGCGGCUUUGAAUUUGAAGACGGGUCAAGUGGUAUGGCGUCAUGUAUUCGAGUCUGCGUCUGCGGGAAAUAUCCAGUUACUUCAUGUCAGCGAUAAAGUGGUGACGGUGACAGGAGCAAACCCAUACCUUGUGCGGGGAUGGGAUUCUAAUACUGGUAUUCUGCUCUGGGAAUGGUCCCUCACACUCCAGAAUGAUGACCAGGCAGAGUUCUCAGAGUGGUGGGUGCAGGACAACAUGCUGGUGCACAUGUUGCCUGUUUUCGGCUCACAAAUUGAGGUCACCAUGUACAACUUGAUGUCAGGGCAGAAUAGAGGAUCCACUUCCAAGUUACCAGCCCUCUGGACUAAUGAUGGUUGCAUCCUGGCUGCACCGCAGUACGUCUGUGCUUCCGGAAAAAUGGGAAGCAAUCUCCUCAUCUCCCUCGAUGUCACCUCCCAAGCUGUCAAGAUCAUCAGCCAGCCAGUCUCCAAUUACAUUGACAUUGAAAAGUAUUCUGGCAACAUCCGACCAUUGGACGGCAACAGUGCCAUGCCUGGCUUUAUACUUGAAGAUUCCGAAAUAGUCUUGAUCAAAGAGCAUGAGUUUGAGGUGCUCAAUGUGCCGUUGGCUCAUCCAUUGGCGAGUGUGGCGAUUGUUGAUGGACCUAGUGUAUCAAUAGUCCUGCAAGUUUGGGAUGACAGUGUAAAGGGUCUGUCGAUGUGCGCCCACUUGGUGUCGGGCGAGGAGGUGGCGGGGCUGCGCGCGGCGCCGGACGCGCGCGGCGCGGAGCCCACGCUGGUGGGCGCGCUGUGUGCGCGCGGCGCGCGCGAGCAGCUCGCCUGCCGCCUGCUGCUCGUGGCCGAGGACGACUCGGCGCUGCUCGUGCAGCAAGGAGGUCGCGUGCUAUGGACGCGCGAGGAGGCGCUGGCAAACGUUGUGUCGGCGCAGUUCGUGGACCUGCCGGUUUCGGACCUCGACGCCGCCAUCGAGGCUGAAUUCGACCACAAAGAAGCUGCCAAGAUGUACGGUUCGGUGUGGGGAGCGUUCACUCGACGACUGCGCACGCAGUACCAGCAGCUGCAGACGCUACUGCGGGGGCUGAGCGGCGAGCGCGCCAUGAGCGAGCCCUCGCCGCUCGUGCGCGACUACUUCAACCUGCACAAGAUCAUCGUGCUGGUGACCCGCGCGGGCAAGAUAUUUGGCAUGGACAACUUAUCGGGCGCGAUCCUGUGGCAGCGCUACGAGCCGCAACUAGACGCGGAGGGCGCGCGCAUGUUCCUGCGCCGCGCCGCGCGCCACCCGCCGCACGACGCGUGCCUGACCAUCGUCGGCAAGCAGGCGGAUAACGGCAACGGGCUGGUGAUCAACUUAAACCCGAUCCGUGGAACACCGACGGGCGAGGGCACGGUGCCGCUGGACUCGCGGCUGCUGCAGGCCGCCGUGCUGCCGCAGCCCGACGGCGACGGGCUGCACGCGCUGCUGCUGCUGGACUCCGACGAGACGGUGCAGAUUUUCCCGCUAUCCGCGGCGCCGCUAGUCGAGAACAUGUUUAUCUACGUAGCGGAUGGAAACACUGCCAAGGUUCAGGGCUACGCUCUUCGAUAUGACGGAAAAACUGUAGUGGCGGAGAAGACUUGGUCGCUGAACCUCGGCGGGUUCGAAGGCUCCGGGCACCGCAUCGUGUCGGCGGUGGGCAAGCGGCCCGCCGAGCGCGUGCACUCGCCCGGCCGCGUGCUCGGGGACCGCUCCGUGCUCUACAAGUACUCCAACCCCAACCUCGUGCUCUUCGUCUCCGAGGGCCCCGACCCGCUGCACAAGGACGUAGUGGUAGCGACGUUGGUGGACGGCGCGUCGGGCGCGGUGGUGGCGGCGCAGGCGCAGCGCCGCGCGCGCGCCGAGCCGCUCGCCGUGCACUCGGACAACUUCGUCGCUUACGUGUACUACAGCGACCGCCAGCGGCGGUACGAAGUCGCGACCAUGGAGCUGUACGAGGGCAAGCAGCGCUGGCUGCCAGCAGGCGCGGCGUUCAGCUCGCUGCGGUCGGAGCGCGCGCCCUCCGUGGAGCGCCAGACCUACAUCCUCACCGCCGCACCCACUGCCGCCGCCACCACGCACACCGAGCGCUCGCUCACCGACAAGCACGUGCUGCUGGCAUUAUCGACGGGCGCGAUAGUUGAGCUACCCUGGGCGUUCCUUGAGCCCCGGCGGUCAGCAACGCUGAGCCCGGAGCAGCGCGAGGAGGGCCUCAUCCCGUACGCGCCGGAGCUGCCGCUGCCGGCCGAGGCCGUGCUCAACUACAACCGCUCGCUGCACCGAGUCAACGCACUAUAUACUGAGGCCUCAGGCCUCGAGAGCACCAGCUUAGUGCUAGCCACUGGACUCGAUCUGUACUACACGCGAGUGGCGCCCUCAAAAACAUUUGAUCUCCUGAAAGACGACUUCGACUACUACCUCAUCACGCUGGUGCUGGCCGGGCUCGUCGUCGCCACCUACAGCUCCAAGUACUUCGCCUCACGGAAAACCUUAAAGAACGCAUGGAAGUGAUGCGUUGUAAAGAAAUUUUGACUGUAUAGCUGGAGCGUUAGGGUUGACAUUUGAAUGAUAGUGUUGAUUCAUAUUUUGAGCGUCCGUAUUGAGUCUAUUCAUUACGACGCUCAAAUAAUUGGACUGGAUGUGUGUAAUCCCUCAGUUAGGGAAAUAUCAAAUAGGGUCAGGUUUGUAGGUGUUAUCCUUGUGAUACAUCAACGGGUAGUUUGUAAGGUAUAAACUACUCAAUGUUUCUCUGUUUUGUUACCCAGUAAUAGUAAGUAAAUUGACUUGGCACCAGCAAAGCCAAGCAGUUCGAUAGUGUGCAGUGUGAAAUAUUUAUUAUCAAUAUAAAAUAUUCUAAAUAUUCCUUAUACUCAAGAUAACACUUUCAUAUACAUUAUCAUAUUAUCAAUUAAUAAUAUUUAUAGCAUACAUGGCAUUACCGAGCACUGUUCAAAACACCAAAUCACCUAGUCUGUGAUCUGUGAAAUCACCAAAUCACCUCACAACGCCAUAUAACUUCAUGUACAAUAAGAACUUUAAACAUAAAUAUAUUUAUAGAGUUGAUUAAAUUAAGCCUCACGACGGUGCAUUUACUUUAAAAUAACACUGCCAUCUAUACAGUCCAGAUUUCAUUUCCAAAGCAGUUAUGAAGAUAGAAAUGUAACCGCAAGUGUUCCACAAAAUCAAGUUAAGAGUGUAUGAUAUAUUCACUAGUUUUGUUGUAGCGUAGGAUGAUGUGGUCACAGCGGAAGCUACCAACAAUUUCGGGGAGAGGUGAUAUUGAAAAAGAUGAGCGUUGUGAAAUGGGGCACAAUUCGGCAUUGUUUUUUUGGCAGAACGUGACAUCGUUAAUCUUUUUAAUUAUUAAUAUGUCACGAGAUUGGCCAUAUCGUAUUGCCUGGACUUUAAUUUUCUAUGAAUUCCAAUUGUUUGUAUCGUUGUUCUAGUUUUAGUUAAUGUUACGACUUGUUCACCUUGUCGGUGACAAGUUGUCACCGCCAGUAAAUAAGGCAGUAGCUUGGAUGCCAAAAGAUAGCAUGUGCUAGUGAAUGGUAAAGUUGCAAGCAACAUUAGAUGCAUAACAGAUCAAAAAUGCAUAAACGUCACUGGCUACAGUAUCCACCUGCCGAUGGGUGCACACGUCACUUGCAGUCUUGUCAAGUUACCCAUAAAUGAUAUACAAACGUACUUAAAUACAAAUUCAUUAAAAUAGGGAGCGUGCAUGAACUGUAGGAGUCAGCACAGGAGCUGUCAGAUUUUUGGCGCGAAGCGUAAAUGUGAGGUUUAUUGUUCCGAUGUAGCCCACAAGAUGGCAGAACCUACUAUGCACAAGAAAACACUUGACGUGUAAAUGUGCAUGUUUAUGGUUCCGAUUCAGACCACAAGAUGGCAGACCCUCCAACGCGCACGGUCCCUAUACUCCAAGCCCAGGAACUAUUUGUGCCUAAAAGAAAUAUUUGCAUGCCUACUGGUGUGUAUUUCCGGCUGAAAACAAUCUGAAUUGAGCCCCUCACCUGAUAUGGCCUUAAAUAAUAGCUGUCAAAAUUACUAGAACGAUGAAAGUAUGUGACAUGUUAGUAUCAGUUUUUAUAUAUAUAGUAGAAUUGUAAUUAUUUAGCUAGCCCAAUUUAAAAUGUUUAGUUUAAGAUAUUUGCUAUUAUUGGCCUGAAAAAUGAUUGGUUCAGAAUAUAGAAAUAUUUAAUUUACUUUGCUAUCCAUUCCAAUAUGGCCCUAAUAUCUACUGAGUUAAGUAGUCAUACUUAAAUUCGUGUGAUAGUAUUUCUGACUAUCUUGUAUCUAAUAUAUCUUUAAAAAAUGUAUCGCAUUUAUCCUAUCCAGAUAGACUGUCCUUACCCCACGGUAAUUGAUAAACUUCCUGUCGAGGUUUGAGAGUUUUAGACAAUAUAUAGUGGGUCAAUAUUUAUGAGUGGUAUCAUGCUUUUGUAUUUAUUUGGGUGAUGACGGCCUUAUUGUUUUAUUUUAUUUAACUGUAUUCAUGAAGUUAUAGUCCAAAUAUAAAUCAAUUUAAAUUAUCCUUAAGUGAUAGUAGUCAAGCGCGGAAGAAGCACGCAAGAAUAAUGAAAUGGUUAAUAACUAGCGUUACUUCUAGAAUAAGAUUAUUAUGGGGAUCACUUUAAGUAUAUUGCGAUGGUUUAUUGGUUAUACUUUGCUUAUUAGGCUCCUGCUCCAUACUUUCAUAUAAACAAAUCAUAAUUAGAUUGCAUUGAUUUUUUUGUUUACAUUUUAUACUUACAACUCAAUAUAAAUCCAAAUCGUGCAACUAAAUAUCACUAUUGCUCACACGGUACGUUGUUUUUAGUGGUUAAGGUUAAGUAUUACGAAUUUGUUUAUUUAUGAAUUGUUUUUACAUUAAAUAAUUACGAUUAA